ACAUCCGCGCGCGGGGCUGGUGGCGCUACUGGCAGCGGGGCCGGAGCCAGGGCCAGGGCCGGCCGGCGAGGAAGCGGCUGGUUCCUCCCUGUCAGCGAGGGACCCGCGCACGGGGGAGCCGCCCCCCUCUCCGGGAUGUGCGGGGCGGCCCGGCCCCGGCGGGCAUAUUGUAGCAGAGAUCAGAUGCCUGGAGCAUAAUUAGAUAUUGUGUUCAGUCUUGCCUUAGCUGUUGACUGUGAAACUACCACCAUGCAUCAGAAGCUUUUGAAGAGUGCCCAUUACAUCGAGCUAGGAAGCUACCAGUACUGGCCUGUUCUGGUACCUCGGGGAAUCCGCUUGUAUACCUAUGAGCAGAUUCCUGUGUUCCUUAAGGACAAUCCGUAUAUUACAGAUGGCUACAGGGCUUAUCUCCCUUCUAGGCUGUGUUUAAAAAGUCUGUUCAUUUUAUCCAAUGAGACAGUAAACAUCUGGAGUCACUUACUGGGCUUUUUCAUUUUCUUCACUCUGGGCAUAUAUGACAUGACUUCUGUAUUACCUUCAGCGAGUGCCUCUAGAGAAGACUUUGUUAUCUGUUCUAUUUGCCUCUUCUGCUUUCAAGUCUGUAUGCUUUGCUCGGUAGGAUAUCAUCUCUUCUGCUGCCAUCGCUCAGAGAAGACUAGCCGUCGAUGGAUGGCAUUAGAUUAUGCAGGAAUUUCCAUUGGGAUCUUGGGCUGCUAUGUAUCAGGAGUGUUUUAUGCGUUUUACUGUAAUAAUUACUGGCGUCAGGUAUACUUGAUCACUGUGCUUGCUAUGAUCCUUGCAGUAUUCUUUGCUCAGAUUCAUCCCAGCUACCUCACUCAACAGUGGCACAGACUGCGUUCUGUCAUCUUUUGCUCCGUCUCUGGAUAUGGAGUCAUUCCUACUAUCCACUGGGUUUGGCUCAAUGGAGGAGUUGGUGCCGCUAUUGUGCAGGAGUUUGCCCCUCGAGUAAUUGUGAUGUACUUGAUUGCUGCCAUAGCUUUUCUAUUUUACAUUUCCAAAGUUCCAGAAAGAUACUUCCCAGGACAAUUAAACUACCUCGGCUCUAGUCACCAAGUGUGGCAUAUCCUUGCAGUAGUAAUGUUGUAUUGGUGGCAUCAAUCUACAGUGUAUAUCAUGCAAUACAGACACAGCAAGCCCUGUCCUGACUACAGUACACAUUUAUGAAUGAAGAAUUCUCUUACUGCAACAGAAGUUCUGACUAUGAAUGUCUAGUCCUUAGUCACAUGCUGAUUUCCAAAACCAUGCACUGAGGCAGCUACUCUCUCUCACCUGCGGGACUGUGUUUCUACUUGCUGGGAUGGCAUACCAACAGAGGUUUUUUUGAGACAACUGCUUAGGUCUUCAAAAUGACUCAUUCACCUCAACCACUGUACAUUCUGCAGUGAAGCAGAGAACAACUGUGCAGGUCUUCCUAUAGAGAGGUUAUGUAAUCCGACCAUGUGAAAACAGGAUAUGAAUAAUUACAUUCCUUCUUCUGACUGGUAAAACAUGAAAGGCAGCGAUGUGUACUCUUGGUGAACAGCAAAUGACUCUCUCCUUGAUUUGGACUUCACUUUCAGACUUCAUUAAAGAGUAUACUGAAGAGAUUUGCCCUAAACAGCAUGCUUCUGAAGCUCCUAUGAUAAAUUGCUUCUUGGGACCUCGUCUUAGAUCUUUUCAAAUCCAUACAGUGUGGUGUACCAUCUAGACUUGCUAUCUAAUUGUUGUGUUUGUGCUAUGACAUUGCUGUUAUAUUUAAACCUGAAUUCUGUGGAUUCUUACUUUUUUUACAGGAAGUUUUUUCUUUUUGAAAGAUCAAAAUGGAUGCUCUCUCUCCGCUCCGUUUCAUCAUCAGUAACUUUAAAAUUAAUUCCUUCAUUUGAAAUGGACAGUGUCACUAAUUUGUGCCAUUGAGUUUCCAGGUUUCUCUCAAGAACUUAAGUGAUUCCUGUGGUUUUGCAAAUUUUACUCUUGACAUAUUACAAGGACUAUCCAGCAACUGUAGGGUUAAGUUUAUUAACCAGUUGUGGUCAGUAGACAGUAGUAUUACACUUAAUAUACGUUGCUGGAGUUUACACCAUCAAUUGGCCCUGUAUUAGACUGGUAUAAAUAAUCCAAAGUAACUGUCCAGCUCUAAAGAGCAAAUAUAGCCUUCUGAUUAAUAUGAACAAAUGCAUCAGUGUUCUUUUAGCAUUGUGUAGUCUUAUUUAAACAUGUCUGUUACCAUAAGUUUUCUAUAGCGAUUAAUAAAAGGAGACUCAGUAUUUGCCCCUAGAUUAGUCUUCCCAGUCUGAAUCCUGGUUUUAAAAAUUGCAGUUUAUUUUAAAUUUAUUUUGCCUUGAAACACUUUAAAAAUAAUUUUACAUGUCAAUACAGAAAGUGUCUGGAUUCCUUAAUGCCAACAAGAUACCUUAAACUCCUGAACAGUUGUUUUGGUCUGUUGCAGGGAUUGAAAGAUUUUUAUUUUAUUAUAUAGAUUUCAAUGUGAAACUGGCUGGAAACUCUUUGUUUUUAAAUGGAAUUAAAAUCUUAAAUAGCUUCUGGAGGGUAAUUGCUUGUGUUUACAUUCAUUUCACCAGUUGCAUUAAAUGCUGCUGGCUAAUGUGAUAAAUGUUAUAAUCAGUGUUUCUCUCAAGUUUGUUCUACACCAGUAUGUUGGCAGAUCUGAUUACAACUGAGUAACAAUCCAACAUGAGACUGACCUGUAUGUCGAUUGUCAGGGAAGCACAGUUGUAAUCAUAUCCUCUAACGCAGUAGUUACUUCAACGUGGAUGGGAUGAUGUUCUAAAGGAGAUGACCUCAUGACAGGCACCUGUUUCCUUUACAAUUAUGUUGAAGUCCCUGUUUUGGGAAUGACUAUCCAGGGUCAUGCUUAGAAUCAAUAGAAACAUGUAGCCUAGUGGCUGAUGCAUGGUCUCUGAAAAUGCCAGCUAUGUGUUUGGCUACAACUUUUCUUGAUCAUCUUAGUAGUCACUCUGAGAACUACUGAAUGUGACCUUUAAGAAAACCACCUUGGCCAGAAAAAGGUACAUCACCAAUCAGCAGGCUAAAAAGAAAUAUAACCAAUAGCCCAUGCUGGAAUGUCUAAAGCUGUGUAACAUACACAAACUAUUGUAAGCCUUUCCUAGAUAGGGGUCCCAUCAAAGGUUGGGGAGGGGAGCCAAGCGAAGAAACAGGUUCCUCUUUGAGAGAGGAUUUUUCCCUGUGUUUUAUUUUGCUCUUAACUUCAAGUAGCUAAGCCUGUUUUUUAAUUCUUGUACAAUGGAAUUGUUUGUUAACAGAGGUAGAAGGAAAGUACUUUGAAAUUCAAAGAAGGUCUUUGGCAAUGGCUAUGUUGUCAAUGAAGACGGUGACUUACUACAGUAGAUGCAGCUCUAUUGUAAAACCUUUGAACACUAACUUAUGCUUGUGACUGAGAAUUCUGGGCACUAUAACUUUUGUACUAAUAUGUUUUGAGUAUGUAUUUAUUGUAAAAUUGUAGAUUGUUGAUGAGUCUAACCAUGCCAAGUUCCUUUGAGUUCUAAACUAAAUUAGUUUCAAAAUAACUUGUUAGCAUUUAAUACUGAUGGAUUACCUCCCAAACCUCUGAGCCUUUCAGUGUGAACACCAGACCUUAUUUAUUUUUUUAAAAACUUGUCUGCAAAACAAGUUUAAAGUGCACUAAUAAGUACUACUGAAGCCUGACUAGAAACUUGCAAAUGAAAAAGCCUGCUCUAACAAACUUCAUGGACAAUUUAAACAAUCUGCAAUUGUCUGUGUUGGUGGCUGCAUUUUGAUUAUUUUAGGUUGCUAGGUCAUUUUUUAAAACUAAUUAUGUAAUUAUUGUAGCCUUUUUCAACCACUGAAAAGGAAAUUCAAAGUCAUGGUGUGUUUCAAUUUCAUGGAGUGCAAUUUAUCAAGCUGCAUGACUAAAUGUGUAUUAUGUGAAUAUCUAAGCUGUAAAUAAAUUUGGGUUUACUGAAUAUAUGCUUAACAAUA